CAGGAUGACGGACGGGAGCUGUAUUCUGCUGAUCCAGCCUCUCCACCGACCUGCCUCCAGAACAUACACUCAGUUUAACAGUCUGACUGAGUGUCUGCAGACUGUUAUCAAACUUCACGAGGAGCAUCUCAAGAAUGUCUUUAAAAAUGAGGAAAGCAUAUCCUACAACAUAUCACAACUUAUGGACUUUAUUCAGGACAUAUCAGAUAUUCUAGUCCUUAUUUUCAACAAGGAACUGGGACACUACGAGCCUCACGGGAGACGGUUUGUAAAGUCAAAGAUCUACGGUUAUUUGGCAUACACAGCCACCAACAAAAACGGCAAGAACUACUACUUCUGAAAUAUCAUCCUUGGUUGUGUUUUGUCUGUGAUGGGAUAGCAUAUGGUUUUUCAACCCUUUAAAAUGGCUUCGUACACAUGAUAACCUCACUCCUGGACGAUGAGAGCUACAUUUGAUAAGGUUCUCAAUAUUAGACCCUGCUCUUCUGUUGUUGUGAGAGGGCACGGCGGAGUUGAAAGGCGAACAUGUUGUUGAUUGUUUUUAAAUGUCUUUUAAAUUAAAUCAAUCGUUUUUAAAUCAGAUAUGCUCAUUACGCUGGCAUUAUAAUGUUUUCAUUAAAAUUUGUAUACUUCGCAAUUUCAAUUAAUAUAUAUGCAUGUUAUAUUUUCAUUUUAUUUUACAGAAUUGUUUCCUAAUAAAAACUCCUUGCAUUUUUAAAUUUUAAUAUUUAUGAUAGUUUUAUACCAAUUUAAAUAUUACUUUUAUUACACAUUUUUAAAGUUUUUAAAUUUUUAAAGCUUUUGUCUUUUAAAUGUCAAUUUUGAAUUGUUGGAGUAUCUCCUUAUCUGUAAUACCACCUUUCCUUGUGGGUGCAGGGUGUGUCAUUUUUGACGAAUUGAAAAAUCUAUCCACGGUAGCCAGAGGUUAAAUAUGAUGUGUAAUUGCUAGAUUGGAAAUAAAAAAACAAAGUUUGUGAACAAACAUAUUCAAUAUUCAUAUUUGUAAACAAUACAUUGUCCUUGAAACUAAUCCCUCUCUCUGGUGAGCUAGAUUAUCUAAAAUCGUAUGUCUAAAUUUAUUUCUGGAUCGCUGAAAAUUGAAUAAAUAUGCGACAUUAAUCUAUCGUCUAAAGAGGCCUGAAUUUAGCGAAUACUUUCGUUGGAAUAAAUAUCUUCUGUGAAAACGAAAGGUAAUUUCGCGGUUUUAAAUUAGUUAGUCAUGUAAUUGCUAAUUAUUUAUUUUUGAAUUUGCUAUAAUAAAUUACUUAAUAUAUUCUAUUUCAACAAUAUUUUAUCCUAUAGUAUGUGCCGUGUUUUACUGCUCAAAUUGUACCGCUGAUUGUGAUAUUAGAAAUAGCGCCCUGAGACAGC